AUGCAAUUCACUACUCUCCUCCCUGUCUUCCUAUCCAUGGGCUUGGCCAAUGCUGCCGUCCUCGCUCAACCCUCUACCUGGCAGAUCUCCAACUGGCAGAUCGUCAGCUCCGGUGGUACUGUCUACUCCUUCAACAUUACCGGUGCCGCUUCUGCCAACUCGCCUGGCUUCAAUACCCACUGUGAGGGUAUCGUCCCCAAUGCCACCGCCUGUGACGACACAAACAUCACCGCAACCGUCACCGAACAGACGCACCCUUACUGGAACCUUGCUGUUCAGCAUGAAUGGCACCUCUUCCCCGCUGGUGAAUCCGAGCAGACCUACUGGCAAGCCGGCUCCAAGAAUGUGACCCAGACCCAGUCCAACUUCACCAUCACACCCGACGUGUUCUACGGUGUCGCGUAA